AUGUUAGUAGAAAAUAUCGUGUCGCAGUGGAAACGGUGCCGGUGCAGACCGCUCUGUAAUCAGGCAAAUUGUGUUUACGCGUCCCGCGGGGCGCCCUUAUCGAGUUUGCCAUCGGAGAGCUGGAAUUUAAAAGUUCCAUCGAGCCAGGUGGAUCGCCUCGCGCGCGCCCGACUGCGGCCGUCCUUUGUUCCUCGCGGCCGUCGCGGGCUCUACGAAGUUAGCGAGUUUCGGCGCGCGGGCGAUUUGUGCUAUACGAUUACCCGAGUUACCCGGGAAUCCGAUCCGACAGUUUCUCCAAUUCAAUUCCGAGAGACCGCUCGACCGGGUCGAGACGACGAAGCCUGCGAUCGAGCGCGAGCGACUCCGUCAAAGGACGCGAUAAUGGAAAUCCUCCGUUCCUCUGCGCUAAGUACAAACUUAUGA